AUGGAUCUCGCAGUGACCCUCAUCAAGUCCGUCAUGCGGGCCUUUUACCCGACGCGCGACAUCCUCGUGGUGGACGCUCUGAUACUGCAUGAGACGCUUCGGGACGACGACUUGGCCUACUUGAUGGCCAUCAACACAAAGGACCUGCACAAGAUCUGCGGCAAGCUGAGAGAGGACCGCUUCUUAACAGUACACACGAGGCAAGAGCUGCGUCCAGGCAAUCCCCGCCCGAGCAACCGAACGUGGUACUACAUCAACUACCGCCAUACAAUCGACGCCAUCAAAUGGCGAGUCUACACCAUCGACAAGGAGGUGCAAGGCAGUUCGGUUGCUGUCAACGAGAAGAAGGAGUAUUUCUGCACCUUUUGCAAGGCCGAAUGGACCGCCAUGGAAGUCCUCGACAACGUCGGCCCCAACGGCUUCCUCUGCCACCGCUGCCACCACACCUUGACGUUUGAGGCGGACCGCAACUCAGGCGGGCACGAACAGUCGACUCGUCUCAACGACCAAUUCAAGUUCAUCGGCGAGCUCCUCCCCAAGAUUGAUGUUGUCCAUAUCCCCGAGUGCGACUUCGACCGAGCCUUGGCCAAAGCGCGGCCUGUUGUUCGGGACGCCACCCACCAGCGUGCCGCGACGAUACCCGUCGACGCCGGAGCGAAUCGGCCCAUGGCUGUCAAGGGCCUCACCAACACGGGGCCGCAGUCAAUUGCCGUUAACAUUUCGACAGCCGAAGGGCCCUCGGAGAUUGAAAAGGAAGCCGAGAGGGCUCGCAAGGAGAAGAUUGCCCGACAGAACGCGUUACCAGCCUGGAUGUCCAAUAGCACCGUCACCGGAGAAUCCUUUGCCGGGGUUGCCGACACCAGCGCAGCCACUGCAAAGAAGGAGGUGGCCGAGGAUGCGUCAAGGGGGAGGCCUGAGGAUAGCAGCACCAUCGCCCAGAUCGACGAUAUCUUUGAGAAGCUCAAGGCCGAUCAAGCGGUGCAGAGAGCACGAGAGGAAAAUGGCGGGGGGGAUGAAGAGUUUGGCUCGGAAGAAGAGGACGACGAAGAUGAGUUUGAAGACGUACCGCGAGAAGGCGAGCCACUCAACGGCCUGGACGCCUCAGGGGAAAGAGUCGCGAAGCGAGCCAAGAUGGAGCCUGGGCUGAAGAUGGAAGGGGGUAUCGGGGAAGACGGCGGAGACGAUGAGGAAGACGAAGAAGUCGAGUUUGAGGACGUAUAG